UUGUUUCAAUACAGCUCAAUUGAUCUUUAACUGAAGAGAAACAACGGAUUAAUUUUUAUAUUUGAGUUACUGCCAAACUACUAACAACUAACACCGAAAGAUUUAAAAUAAUUUACUUGAACCCAGGUUUAUCUACUGCCUUAUGGUUACAUAUAUUAUUUAUAUAUUUAUGAUAUAACUUGGCUACUUGCAUCACCUGUAUAUUUAUAGCCAAUUACUGUUAGUAUCAUAGUGCUUGCCAUUCCUGUUUAAUCAGAGGGGAGCUGUAUAUAUCAUAUUCAAAAUUGGAUUUUAAAAUGAAAGAGAUUUGCAGAAUUUGUGGAAGGGAGCUUUGUGGAAAUCAGCGAAGAUGGAUUUUUCAUACAGCUGCCAAACUAAAUCUUCAGGUUCUAUUAUCUCAUGUUCUGGGUAAGGAAAUCUUACGUGACGGUCAAGCUGAGUUUGUCUGCAGUAAAUGCACUUUCAUGCUGGAACGCUUUUUCAGAUUUGACACUGUGAUUGCACGGAUCGAAGCUCUCUCUAUUGAGAAAUUACAGAAACUCAUUUCUGAGAAGGAUAGGCUUAAACAUUGCCUUACUAGUCUGUAUAGGAAGAACAACAAUGAAGAUGGUCAGGAGGCCAAAUCUGUGCACAGCACAAUUAAAAAUCUGAAUCGUACAGAUAUCCAAUGCUCAUAUUCUGCUCUUUUACAAGAAGACUUUGCGUAUUCUGGUUCUGAAUACUGGACAGAAUUGGAAGAAUACGGCCAAUCAAUACAGAGUUGUUCACAUACUGUGAGUACUGGGACUCUUCCACGAAAAUGCCAUUUUUGUUCCUCUUUAAGAGUAGCUGAUGCUGACUAUGAAGCAGUUUGUAAAGUACCAAGGAGGAUUGUCCAGAAUAUUGCUUACGGGCAUAUUACUACUACUAGCACAUUAUCAGACUGUGAGGUUGUGAAUGUCAACAUAGUAGACAGAGAUGGAUUGGAUAAAUUGCCUUCAGACCAUUCAGUUGAAUCUCUUACUGAAAGCAAAGAUCCGGUAUUCAGUAUGCAAGAAGCUGAGGAAAAAAACAUGGGAACCAUAGCAAAUAAGUUAGAAGUUGCACUUAGUCUUGCUAAAAUGUUAUACUACAGACCAGUUCAUAGCCCAAGGGGAAGCAGAAUACCUAUAAAAAAUAGCGUAGUCUUAAAAUCAAACAACAUUCUUUCUGGUGGUGACACAAGUUUGUCAAAUGCAGUGACUGGUUUUCUGGAUAGCACUGUGGAAUAUUCUAAGGUCUGUGAUGACUUCAUGAUAACUGAUCUUUAUGCCUUGUGGCAAAACAUCUAUGAAGACUAUAUUCCACUUCAUUCCAAGAAUCUUGUUGAAAAACAAAGUUGUGAUGCAAACCAGUAUAGUGCUUUACUUGAGAAACAAGUUUCGAUGCUCCAGAAGGCUGAAAUGGAGAUUCAAACUCUUAAGGAAAAAUUACUGGAGUCUCAAGACACAGUUGAGUUGCUGCAGGAUGCUCAGCGACAGUUAACUGCUAAGAAGAAUGGUGUGCAAGAUGUAGCACAGGAUCAAGAACGAAUGUUGCAGUGUUUAAGGGAGACUCUUCAUAACAAAGACCAAGAGGUAAUUGAUAAUUCACACCUCCUUGAAGGCGAUCAUGAGGAUACCAUUGCUAAACUACAGGAUAUGCUUCUGAAAAGUCAGAGCGAGCAUUUACAAUUUUUCCAGGUAAUGCCAACACAGAUGGAUUUUUUAGACCUGCAGAAUACAUUGCUCUUAACUCAGAUGGAACUUCAAAAAAAACAGAUGGCACUUACACAGAAAGAACAUCAACUAUCUGAUGCUAAAAGGUUUCAGCAGUUGCUAGAAGUCCAGUUAUUAGAGGGAAAACAGCAGAAGGAAACUACAUGGAAUCAUAACCAGGAACUGCACAUGACUUUGCGUAAAAUACAAAGAGAACUGCAGGAAAAGAACCAACACCUUAAACAUGUAGAAGAAGAGAAAUGCACAAAACUAGCAGCUCAGGAACAGAGCAUCCAGAAACUAAAGGAAACUGUGUCAAAGAAAGACCAGAUGUUACAAGAAUACAUGGAUAUAUUAAGCUAUAAACAGAGCAUGAAAGAAAUUCAGGUGGAAAUGAAACAUACGCUGGAAAAAUUACGGCAGAGAAUCAAAGACCGAGAUACUGCCUUAGAGCUGGCAGUUGAAAGCAAGUUUUUUGCUCUAGAAGACAAAGAAAAUGAAGUGCAUAAGCUAAAACAGAUUAUACGGGAGAGAGAGCAAGACAUAGAACGACUGACUAACAUUCUUUGUGGAAAUGAAGAAACAAUAAAUAGUUUGGACAACCUUGUGAAAGCCAAGGAUUUGGAACUGGAACAGAUCUCUGCUGCUUACAAAGAUCUGCAAUGGUUAAAGCAGGAAACAGAGGAAAAAUACAGAUUUUCUCUUAGAGAGAAGGAGUCCAUAAUACUGCAGUUGCAGAAAUCUCUUCAACAGAAGAAAAAAGAGUCUGAGGAGUUGACUACUUGCUUUCUGGCACAAUCAGAUACUGGUAAUGCUCAGAUAAUAGAAGAGCUUACAAAAUGUUUACAGCAGAAGGAAGAAAUGCUACAGGGAGCUGUAUUGGCUCGAAAACAACAAGCUGAAGACCACAUGAAAGAAAUGAUGGAAAUGCUGACCACUGCCUUUACACAAAGUCCUUCAGUUCACACUGCUCCGAUUUGCUUUAAAAACCUGGACACCAAAGAGAAUGAAAAGGAAAGAACAGAAAGCCUGAGAACAGAUCUUGUUAGAGCCCAAGAAGACUUAAGAAUUGUGUUAAGAAAAAUGAGAGAGUAUCAGCUGGAAGUUUCUGCUCUUCAAUCUAUCAUCAUGAAACAAAACGAACAGUUGCGGGAUCAGGCAGCUGAUAUAGAUACUUGCACUAGAAAUCUUCAGAUAAAAGAAGACUUAAUUAAGGACCUUCAAAUGAACAUGGCUGAUCGAAGGGACAAACCAGUUGUCGAGCUUUUCAAUCAGCACAUUUUGAGUCCUAAAGAGAAAAUGUCUUCCAUGUACAAUCAUGAGAUGCUUAGACAAACUCAAAAAGUGUCUUCACUUUUCAAGUUAUUUGAAGAACUGAUCACAAACAAAACUAGACUAAGUGAGGUACUGCAAACCGAGAAGCAGAUUUACAGCUGCUUAAUUAAAUGUCACACGGAUUGUGACAGUGUUAGUUUCAGCUCCAAAAUUCUCAAUGAGCUUCUGACUAUACAGACGCUGAGGAGUCAGCUUGAAGAAACCUUGAUGAAAACAAUUGAACAACUAGCUGCCCUGCAGUCGGAAAACAUAUUUGUAUCUGGUUUUGGAGGUUGCUAUGAAAAAGAGAUUAUUGAAAAGUAUCAGAUCCCAAAGAGCAGUGAUUUUAAUGCUGAUACUGACGUGUUCUGGAAGCCUAUACAGAAGGUAAUGAAGGAAAGUGACCAUUUGAUUAUUCCAAAGGAAGUGAUUUCUGAAAAGCUACAAUUUGAGCUUCAGGAUGCAGAAAUAAUCCCAUCUAAAAUUAGGAAAGUUAUGCAAGAUGUUUGUAUUGAAAAUGGAAAUUUGAAAGUUGAAAAAGAAAGUGCAGUAUUAGAAAAUGUGGAGUAUACAAAACAGAAGAAAGUGCACGAAGACAGAGCAAGAGAUUCUAAAACAUUUUCAGAUGAAAAAAAGAAAGCUGAAAUCAUGAACAAGGACCUAAUGAAGCAAAGGGAAUGCCUACAUAACUCAAAUUUAACCAGUACAACAACUUGUGAAACCCAGCCAAAAGUAAAAUAUUUAUCAGAUACAGGUGGGCAUCCAAAAGCAGACUCUGUAAAGAGAGGUUGUCUCAGAUCAAUCAUAUUGGAUGAGGAGAAAAAUAAGAAUUUCAAGGUAGGAGAGAAACCUUUUGAUAUGGGGCUCAGCGCAAGCAAUAUGCAACUUCAAUUCAAGCCUGAAAAUUGUGAGCUGGAAGACACUUCAGUUGCAUCCAACAGCUCAGUGGAUAUGACAGAAGAUGAUUUUCUAUUAGAUGAAGUCCAAAUUAAGUCUGAUACCUGCCAGAUGCAGAUGGAUUUCCAGGACCAGGGCUAUGAAACAUGUGGAAAGAGUGAAAAUGAAAUGGAUCGGGAAACAACAAGUCCAGACUUCGAUGAGGAUGAUGACUUGUUUACAGAGGGCAAUAACUGGUCCAGUGAGACUACUAGCUCGCCUUUGGGGAAAAUUCACUUUCAACAAACUAACAGAAACCCUGACUUGAAUAAGUCAGAAGAUGCCAUUGUUCUGAAACAGCUUGUGAAGACGUUGAGGGCACAACUGGAGAAGUCACAAAACCUAAUCCAGGUUCUUCAAAAUCAAAGUUAUUAUUCAUCCCAUGGUUCCACAUUAUAUGGUCUUGCAGAUGAACAUGAAGGCUGUUGGUCAGAUGCCACUGGAAUGAAUCCUCCAAGGAGUUUAGACCAGCUAGCUCAAAGAGUAUUCGUACUGGAGAUGCAAUUUUAUCAGUUUCAGAAAGAUACAGGGAAUGAUUCCAAAAUGUGUUCAAAUAAAGAGGCUGGAAAAUAUGAAUGGCUUAUUCAGGAGCAAUCACGAGAGCUUUCAUUUAUGCGGCAGAGGAUGAAAGAAGGAGAAAGUAUUUGCCACAUUUUGACUCAACAUCAGGAGGAAAAUAUUAAAUCAAUUGAAGAGAUGCUCCAAACUAAUGAUAUAGACUAUGGUAUGGGAAAGAAUUUUAGACAGAAUCUCACUAAAGUAAACCAACUUGCAAAAAAACUUCAAAUGAAACUAAGCAGCAGCAUAUGUUGCCGAUCAGAAUCUUUAGAUACUUCAGCACAUACUCUAGAUGGCACUGUAACAUUGGAAAAUGGAUUUUACGUCACAAGCCACUUUGAUGAUUUCCAUGCUUUGAAGAAGCAUCUGUUGGAGAGUAAAUCAUUGGUUGAAGAAAUGGAGAAAAAUUUACAGUCGUCUCUUCAAAUAUUUAGAACAGAAGGCCAUGGAAAAAAGGGUAUGGAAUGUGGACGUAUCCAGAAAGUGAUUUCUACUACUAGAAUCCUGCAAAAUAUUCUACAUGACUCACAUUCCCUACUUAGUAUGUUUUGGAUAGAGAGUCUACCGAAGACACAAGUCAAUCCUUUACAAAUAAAGGAGGAGCAGGCAAUGAAAGAUGAAAUUUUGACUCUCAGAAACAAGGUGAAAGAAAAAGAGUAAUGUUAAAGAAAGUGUCAGAAAAGCUGAAAAUAUCAAACCUUGACCAAACUCAGCAUGAGAAGCUUGUAUCACAACAACUUACAAAUACCUGUGGAAUUCUGAAGAAAGCAAGAGCUAACCUGAAGCCAUAGGUCAGAUACAGCAUUAUUCUACUUCAAUAAAACUAACAUCUGGCCAAAAAAAAAAGAAAAUUCCUGUCA